AUGGUGCCGGCGCUGCUGUGGGUGCUGACGCCGGCACUCGUGGACGCCAUGUCUGCCCCGGCAGCCAAUUGCACGGCAGCGACCAGGGGAACCCCCCUACCCGUGUGGGCGCCCUUCGACCUGCAGCGCUCCCCCAACUACGAGCUGGUCUACGCGGUGCAGGCCGUCACCAACGUGGUCAUGAACCUGACGGGCCUCUUCCUCGACAUCUUCUUCGUCACGCUCAUGCUGCACCUCACCGCCGAACUCGACGUCCUCAACCUCAACGUGGCCUCCCUGCAACCGUCUCCCGUAGCUCCUGCCGCCAGUCUAGAAAGCCGGGACGGUGACUCUCUCGCCGAACAGACCUCCACAGACGCCGUCUACACUGCACGGGGAGACUCGUUCCGUGUCCGCACAAGCACGUCCAGAUCUCACAUGUACCGACUCCUCGUGAAGAAUAUCCAGCAUCAUCAGAUGAUAAUCAUGUGUGUGGACGACCUGGAGAGGGUGAUGGGCCAGUCCAUCUUCGUCAUCCUGCUCACCAACGUCAUCAACAUCUGCUCGCAGGCCUUCGCCUCUGCCGUUCUCUUCCGCAGUGGCAUCGACUGGGGCCUGGUGACCAAGAUGCUCUUCACGUUCGUCGCCUACAUGUUCGAGACGGGCAUGUUCUGCAUGUUCGGGCAGGCCAUCACGGACCAGAGCGAGCGCCUCGUGGAGUCUGUCGGAGGAUGCGGCUGGCUGGAGGCCGAGGCUGGGGUGCGGCGCGCGCUGCUCGUGAUGCUGACGCAGGCCUCCAGGCCGCUCACCGUCCACGUGGGCAAAGUGGCCGCACUCUCCAGGAGCUCCUUCCUGCAGUUGCUCAACAUGUCGUACACGGUGUUCAACCUGCUGUUCGAACUGCAGAGCGCCGACUGA